ACGCGGCCGACGCGACGGCGACGCGACGACGAGAUGGGGCCGACUCCGACACGCGUGCUCCAUUCAGGUCAGGUGCGGCGGCGAGAACCUUCCUUAUGACAUGGAUUUCGAGGCUCCUGAACCUCAGUGUACCGGGUGUCCUCAACCAAGACAGUCGCGUGAUAUCGCGUCACACGCGUCGUCGUGAAACGCGCCGCGAGCGAAUGCACGAAAUCGUCAUUGCGAUAAAAAGGCACAAAACGUUUUUUCCAACGAGAAUCGUGUUAGGCUACUCAAAGUCUUCAGCUAUAACAAUCUGCGCGAGCUCGUUGUUGAACGAGCGACUCGACAGUGCGUGCAUGCUGAAUUCGGCGCGGUCGACUUUUCGUGAAGCGUUCAAGAUUGUCCAAAGGGUCCUUAUGGUAACCGGAAGACAAGGUGGCUAUCUUCCGACAGAGUUCCAAGGGCUGAAAGGCUGGCGACGUCGUUGGAUUCAUUCGGCCAUUACCUACAUUUAGAGAAAUCAUGAUUAGCAGGAACGAUACCAUCCUGCGAGGAAUUGAAGCGGAAUGCGAGAACAGCUGCAGGCACGAUAACAAUAAUGAUCAAAAUUGUUCUACGAGCGUUACGAGCAUCAGAAAGGAAGAUGCGUACGUGAAAAGGAGCCAGAGCAAUCGCCAUCAGCCGCAUAGAGCUCCGUUGAUUGGUUGGCAAAACGGAAGUCCUACAAUUUAUUCGAGUUUUCUCCAGCAAAGCGUCGAUUUCGAUGAGACCAGCUUACCCUCGAAAAGCUGUAAUAUACGUGAAACCAAUUUGGAUGCAAGCAAUAUAACGGAGAAACCGAUUGACGCAAUUGAGUCGCUUGAGCCGGUCAAAACGAUCAUCAGGCCGAUGGAACGGCGCGGUUCUUGGAACAAAAUUCAGGAGGCACCCGUUGAUCGCGAGAGAUACGCCGAUACGAGUAGAAGAAAUCAAAAGCGAGUCAAGGAUUCCAUCGAUUCCUUGAGCAUCUUAGAGCGAGAGGAUUCGUCGAGUUUUAUGGCGAGGGAGACAAAACGUAAGAAACCGAAAGUGCCUGACGGCGGUUGGGGCUGGGUAGUCGUUUUGGCCUCUCUGAUCAUCUCCAUGGUGGCCGAUGGUGUCUCCUUCAGCUUCGGCUUGCUUUACAUCGAGUUCCUUCACGAAUUUGGCGCCUCAAAAUCCAAGACCGCCUGGAUCGGGUCGCUCUUCAUGGCCGUGCCUCUUCUGUCCGGACCGAUAAUGUCUGCCCUUGUCGAUCGUUACGGAUGCAGAAACAUGACCAUCGCUGGCGGUCUGAUAUCAGGGCUGGGCUUCAUCCUGAGUAUCUUUAGUAAUACCAUCGAGAUAAUGUACUUAACUUUCGGCGUGAUCGCGGGCCUCGGUCUCGGUUUGUGCUACGUCACCGCGGUUGUGAGCAUCGCUUUUUGGUUCGACAAGAAACGAACCCUAGCUGUAGGUCUCGGGGCAUGCGGCACCGGAAUCGGUACGUUUCUCUACGCUCCCAUGACAACGUAUUUGAUCGAGGAGUAUGGCUGGCGAGGCGCUUGUUUGCUCCUAGCCGGUACUUUCUUCAAUAUGAUCGUUGCGGGUACCGUUAUGAGAGAUCCGGAAUGGUGGAUUCUGGAGCAACGGAAACAGGACCAAGCUGCUCUGCCGAAGAAGUCGUACGGCCGCUCGGACGCAAGUUUGUCGGACGAGUUUCCAGGCGUCGAGGAGCUGAGAAAGCUUUUUAGAAGUGACCAAGCGCCUGAAUAUUUUUUACAAAAUCUAAGUACCAGCACUAAAGCGGUCAAUGGAGCGAAGAGGCAGACGACGAGUGUAGUUAAUUUACCAACUUUUGUAAAGCGAAGCGAAAAGGUGCCUUUGGAAGUAUUGGAGUUAUUGCUAUCCAAUUCUAGGCUGUACACUGUCAUUCUGGAGAAUUAUCCCAGCCUCUUGUUGUGUAGAAGUUUGUCCGAUAAACAGCUGCAAGACUCGACGGGAGAGAUUUCUAAUAAAAGCGGCAUCACUAUGUCAAUGAGGCUUAAACGAGCAACGGAAUCGAAAGCGAUCGUUGAACAAAAAAAGGAUUCAACCUCCGUUCACGCCCCGACGAAACUCGUUUGCACCAGAAAAAUAUCCAGGAAUGAAAUAGAGGAAACUAAUCCUUUACUAGCAAAGGAAAUCAUGCAUACGGUCGCACCGAUUGAAAAAAAGAAAUCCGUGUCCAGACGCUAUGUCGAGCCACAGUCCAGUAAUGUCAUCAGGACAGACUCCUUACCUUGGCUCAGACGACAGUUCAGCACCAACACUCAUUAUUUCAAGGAUAUCAGAGUGCACCGAAAUUCCGUUAUGUAUCGCGGUGCUGCUUUAAAUCUGCACAAAUACAGGCUUAGAGCGAGCAGUUGUCCUGACAUCUAUAGAAAUAGUAUGACCACAUUGGCAAAAGAGAACGAACAGAAGUGGUACGCCGAACUGAUAGACUUAUUGAAGAGUAUGUUGGAUUUCUCCAUGUUUUUCGAAUUACAUUUCCUGUUAAUGUCAUUGUCGACGAUAUUGUUAUUCACAUGGUUCAUCGUACCGUAUUUUUACCUGGCGGAGCAUAUGACUAGAAAUGGUUACGCCGAGUCCGAUGCCGCUAAUCUCCUCAGCAUCAUCGGUAUUACCAAUACCAUCGGAAUGAUUGGUCUAGGCUGGGCUGGCGAUCAAUCCUGGAUGAAUGUCAGCAAGACGUAUGCUUGGUGCCUGAUAGCCUGUGGAGCAGCUACCAUAUUGAUAUCUGUGUUCACUCAACAUUACGUAUUUUUAUCGAUAAGCUCGGCAGCUUUCGGUCUUUUCUUUGCUAGUAAUUUUAGUUUCACGCCCGUUAUAUUAGUAGAACUGAUUCCUUUAGAAAGAUUCACUACCGCUUACGGUCUUAGCUUGUUGUGUCAAGGAAUUGGAAAUCUUUUGGGACCUCCAUUGGCUGGAUGGUUCUUUGACGUGACCGGUUCUUGGGAACUUUCUUUCCUGAUGGCUGGUGGUUGGAUCAUUGUCUCUGGAAUCUUGGUAGGUAUUAUACCGUAUACAAGAAAUCGUAAGAUUUUCGGUAGUGGACCAAUCGAGAUGGAACGAACGAAUGGCGAUGAUUGUUCGGCAUAGAGAACAAAAAUAUACUUUUAUUAUAUUGAUAAAUUGCGCACUGGCAUCAGAUAGAACAAAAUUAAUGAAAGUUUAAUUAAAAAUAAAAUUUUAAUCAAUCUAAUGUGUUAAUCGAAAGAAUCUCACUGUGUUUUAUAUCGAGCGAGCAGUGCGAUUAUGUCUAUUGCACGAUAUAUACGUAUACACGUGUGCGUGCGUGCGUGCGUGCGUGCGUGCGUGCGUGUUCGCGUUCGCGUGUGUAUAAUAUACAGGGCAGACUCUGCAUAUAGUGCCAAAACUCCUACAGUGGCUUCAACAUAUGAAAACAAGUCGAAAAUGUCUAAUAAACAUAUGUACGAUUCCGAACGGUUCGGAGUUACGGGAUAUUAAAGUAAGAAAACAUGAAUCGUAGUAGGUAAAUGUUGUUUAAUGUUCGUUAUUCUAUUGUUCUGAAUCCUGAAUCUUUUUCUGAUAGACUAGAUCUUUCAUUCGUUCCUAAAAUGUAAACAAAUACACAUUAAGGAUGACUUCUUGUGCGAACGUCUCUCCAUGAUCACUAUUCUCAUUGGAUUGGAAGAGGCCAGGACGCUCCUAUUAAAUAGUCAGCGAAAAGUCCCGACCUCACACCACUGGAUUUUUUCUUUAGGAAUGAAGGAUCGAGUGAAAGAAGAAGAAGAAGCGAAUGAAAGAUCUAGUCUACCAGAAUGAGAUUCAGAAUAGAGAAUAAUUAUGGCAACUGAUACUUAACGCUGCCGAUAUCAUCCGCGAAACUCUAAAUAUUUGUCAUCGCAAGUUUGAAACAAUUUUAAUUCGUACUAGAAAGUGUGUCGAAAUCGACGAAGAAAUUUUUGAACAUCUUUUGUAAAGCAUUAAAUAGAAUAACCAACAUUAAACAACACUUACUACGAUUCAUGUUUUCUUACUUCAAUAUCUUGUAACUCUGAUUCCGUUCGGAAUCGGACAUAUGUUUAUUAGAUAUUUUCGACUUGUUGUCAUGUGCUAAAGCCGCUGUAGCAGUUUUGGCACUAUAUACAGAGACAUCCUGUAUAUAAUAUAUACAUACAUAUAUGUAUACAUAUACAUGUAUAUCAGUAUAUGUAUUUUUGUGUAAUGAACAAUUUUGAAUUGCCUAUUGGCAGCGAGAGUUCAUUUGCACGUAUUUUUCCCUCGUACUUAACUUACUGCUGUUAUUAAUAAAUUCUACUUAUAUAAUAUUAUAAUUGUUACACGUUCAUUUAAACUAAACUAAUUUCGUGACUCCUACAUUCGCGCGUACACAAAGAUAUGUACACAUUUACCUUUCUACUUAAAACGUACGCGUAAUUGCAUGCGCAAAUUGUGUACACAUAUUGU